CACCUAAACUAAAUGCAAAACAUCCCACUUGCUGCUCACAUCCUAUUUUGCAUGUCAGCAGGUGUUUAUUUCAGUGUUGUUCACCUGUUCACGAAAAUUCCAUCCAGACAUGAUCAACUUUUGGAUUUUUGGACUUUUCUGUCUAACUGGCAUUUCUUCAACACACCCGAAUGCACCACCUGUGUUUGUUAAACUGGGAGAAAGCGUUCAUAUGUCGUGCGUAUACCAGAGCCAGAUGGCUAGGCACUUCUCAUGGUACAAGCACGAACCUGGACAGAAUCCUAUGCUCAUCUCCACCAUUUACAAGUACGAUCAUACGGCCCAGUUUUUCAAUAACUUCGGGAAUUAUUCACGAUUCUCUGUGCUGAAUGAAAACGGCGUGCAUCAUUUGACGAUUAGAAACAUACAGUUCUCAGACUCUGCAACGUACUACUGUGGAGGCGCUUAUUCCAAUGUAAUGGAAGUUGUCAAAGGGACAAGGGUGAUAGUUCAAGGUUUGGAAAAGCACACUGUAGUAAAACAUCAUGAUUUGAUUCCAUCCCAUUCUGGAGAUUCAGUGGGUCUUACAUGCACUGUUUUGAACCAGAAAUGUGUUGGAAAUCACAGCAUGUAUUGGCUCAUAGUUGAAUCGCAAGACUCUCCUCCAAGAAUCAUUAGCACUCAUGGAACUCCUGUUGAUCAGUGUGAAUUGAUCUCUGAUGCUGAUUUUAGAGCACUCAGAUGCGUCUACAGCUUCUCCAGGAAGGACUUCAGACUUUCUAACAGUGAAACUUACAGCUGCACAGUUACCGCAUGUGGAGAGAAACUGGACAGAAAUGGGUCUAAACUGGACAUAGGUGCUGAUUCCACAGAAGAGAUGAUGAUUUUGGUUCUUCUUUCCAUUGCUAGAACAUGUCUUCUCUUAAUCGUUAUUGUCAUGGUUAAUAUUUGGUACUGUGUUUAUUUUAAAAGAAUUUCAACAGCUGUUCAUUAUCCAUCGGAUAUGGCUUUCUGAAACAGACAAUCCCAAAAAAAGGGAAGACCUGGUUUGAUGAUGAACUCAAUUUCUGACCAGCAGUAGUAUAUCAUAAUAUUAAUGGCAAUUUAUUUGUGUGAUAUGGGAUAUAUCAGCUGUUAAAAACAAAC